AUGUCUGAGGCUCCUCCAAUUGAGUUAGUUGACGUUUGUCAAUUGUCUUCGUUGGGAAUCAACCCACAGUCGUUCAACUUCUUGAGCACGACCCUCGAGUCGGAUCACUACGUGUGCUGUCGUGAAACGGGCGAGUCGGGAAAUGCUGCGGUGAUUGUCGACUUGAAGAACAACAACAAUGUGAUCCGCAAGUCCAUGUCUGCUGACUCGGUCAUCAUGCACCCGGGCCAGAUGGUCAUCUCCUUGAGAGCAAAUGACACCACGAUCCAGAUCUUCAACCUAGAAAACAAGCAGAGACUCAAGUCCAACAUCAUGUCCGAGAAGAUCGUCUUCUGGAAGUGGCUCGACGACCAGACUCUCGGUUUGGUGACCGCCAGCUCCGUGUACACGUGGAACAUCUUCGAUGGAUCCGACGCCGGACCUGUCCUAUUGACUUCCAGGCACGUCAGCUUGAAUGACUGCCAGAUCACUCAAUUCUCCGCAAAUAAGAACCUGAACUGGUUCGCAAUAGGCGGUAUCGCCCAGGAGAACAACAGAAUCGUUGGCCACAUCCAAUUGUAUUCUAAAGAUAGAAACAUCUCCCAACCAAUCGAGGGCCAUGUUUGCAACUUCACCCAGCUCAAGCUUCAAGGGUCUGCGGUCGACACAGAACUUUUUGCAUUUGCUUCAAGAACAGAAUCUGGCGGCAUCUUGCACAUCAACGAAAUAGAUCACAAAGACGGCGCCCCUGCGUUUGCCAAGAAGUCAGUCGAUGUCUUUUUCCCCGCUGAAGUAGGUAACGAUUUCCCUGUUGCCAUCCAGUUGUCGUCCAAGUACGGUGUUGUUUACAUUCUCACCAAGCUUGGUUUCAUUCACUUGUAUGACGUGGAGACAGGAAAGAAAAUCUUCCUCAAUAGAAUUUCCUCCGACCCUGUCUUCACCGGUGCAAGCUUCGAUAAUGAUGGAGGUAUCAUUACAAUCAGCAGAGCCGGUUCUGUUUUGGCAGUCGACAUCGCCACCGAUAGAAUUGUUCCGUACAUUUUAAAGAACUUGGGCGAUGUCGAGCUAGCUUUGAGCUUGGCUUCAAGAGGUGGCCUUCCAGGUGCUGAAAACUUAUUCUCCCAACAAUUCAACCAGUCGAUUGCCACCGGUGAUUAUCAGUCCGCUGUGAAAAUUGCAGCAUCUUCGCCUCAAUUGAGAACUCCAGAUACUAUUUCCAAGUUGAAAAGCCUACCUUCCCAACCUGGUCAACCUGCUCCUUUCCUCCAGUAUCUAGUGUUCUUGUUAGACAGAGGUUCUCUCAACAAAUUCGAAACCUUAGAAUUGGUCAGACCCUUGAUACAACAAAAUAGAGUCGAAACUUUGGAAAAAUAUCUGAAGGAAGAUAAGCUAGACACAUCCGAAGAAUUGGGUGAUUUAAUCAAACCUUUGAACAUCACACUAGCAUUGGCUGUAUAUUACAAAGCAAAUGCUCCAAGCAAAGUAAUCCAAUGCUUGGCAGAAUUAGGUCAAUUCGAUAAGAUCAUACCAUUCUGCGAAAAGGUCAGUUUCACUCCAAAUUUUACUGUCUUGAUCCAAAAUAUUUUGAGAGUAAAUCCAGACAAGGCUGCAGAAUUUGCAACCUCUCUACUACAAUCUCAACCAGAUAUUAAUAUCCAACAAAUUUCAGAUAUCUUUUUCUCUCAAAAUUACAUUCAACAAGCAACCGCUUUCCUUUUGGAUGCUUUGAAAAAUGAUAAGCCAGCAGAUGGUCAAUUACAAACUAAGUUAUUGGAGGUUAACUUAUUGCAUGCCCCACAAGUUGCAGAUGCCAUUUUGGGUAACAAUAUGUUUUCUCACUACGAUAAGCCAACCAUUGCAACACUAUGUGAAAAAGCGGGAUUGUACCAAAGAGCCUUGGAAUUAUAUGACAACAUCAAAGAUAUCAAAAGAGUUAUUGUUCAUGCCAACGCUUUGCCUACUGACUGGUUAGUCUCUUACUUUGGAAAUUUAAAAGUGGAUCAAUGUGUUGCUUGUUUGAGAGAAAUGCUAUCUAACAAUAUUGCUCAAAACUUACAGGUGGCCAUCCAAGUUGCAACCAAGUAUUCUGAGUUGAUUGGUCCUAUCACGUUAAUCAAAGUUUUUGAAGAUUACAAUUCUGUUGAAGGUUUGUACUAUUACUUAUCAUCUAUUGUUAACGUUACUCAAGAUCCAGAAGUUGUCUUGAAGUACAUCCAAUGUGCUGCUAAAUUGGGCCAAGUGAAGGAGAUUGAGAGAGUCGUUAGAGAUAACAAUAUUUAUGAUGGCGAAAAGGUAAAGAACUUUUUGAAAGAAGCUCAAUUAGAAGAUCAACUCCCACUCAUUGUUGUUUGUGAUAGAUUUAACUUUGUUCAUGAUUUGAUCCUCUAUCUUUAUAAGAACAAGUUCUUCAAAUUUAUUGAAGUAUAUGUGCAGCAAGUCAACCCAUCCAAGACUCCCCAAGUCAUUGCUGCACUUUUGGAUGUUGAUUGUGACGAGAACAUUAUCAGGUCAUUGCUUCAAUCUGUUGCAGGACAAGUGCCAAUUGGUGAGUUAUGUGACGAAGUUGAGAAGAGAAACAGAUUAAAGAUCUUACUACCUUUCUUGGAAUCCACUUUAGCAUCGGGUUCACAAGAUAAGGCUGUUUUUGAUACCUUGGCAAAGAUUUAUAUUGAUUCGAACAACAACCCUGAAAAGUUCUUGAAGGAAAAUGAUCAGUAUGAUACUUUAGUUGUUGGUAAAUAUUGUGAAAAGAGAGAUCCAUUCUUAGCCUACAUUGCUUAUGAUAAAGGUCAGAAUGAUGAUGAGUUGAUCAACAUUACCAAUGAAAACUCUAUGUUCAAGUACCAGGCUAGAUACUUAUUAAAGAGAUCUGACCUGCAAUUGUGGGCUAAGGUAUUGACUUCUGACAAUAUAUACAGGAAGCAACUAGUUGAUCAAGUCAUUGGUACUGCCAUCCCUGAAUUGGAAGACCCGCAGCCAAUUUCCAUUGCGGUCAAGGCUUUCAUGGAUAACCAACUCCAAAGUGAAUUAAUUGAUUUGUUAGAGAAGAUUGUUUUGGAACCUUCACCAUUCAACGACAAUCCUUCUUUACAGGCUUUGUUGAUUUUGACAGCCGUCAAGGUUGAUCCGUCUCGUAUUAACAACUAUAUUGAGAAAAUCGACGCUUACAACCCAGAUGAGGUUGCACCAAUUUGUGUUCAAAACCAAUUAUACGAGGAAGCAUUUGAAAUUUAUAAUAAGUUCGAAAAUUACAGUGCUGCAAUGAAGGUAUUGGUUGAAGAUAUAAUGUCCUUGGACAGAGGUGAAGAUUAUGCUGAAAAACUGGACAAGCCAGAGCUUUGGUCACAAUUGGGUGAAGCUCAGUUAAAUGGUUUGAGAAUCCCAGAAGCAAUCAAUUCUUACCUGAAAGCUGAAGACCCAUCCAACUUUGCCAACGUUGUUGAGGUUUCCGAACAUGCUGGUAAAGAGGAGGAAUUAGUUCCGUUCCUGUUAAUGGCUAGAAAGACAUUGAGAGAACCUUUAAUUGACGGUGCUAUCAUAAACGCUUAUGCCACCUUGGGUAAACUAGGAGAGAUUGAGAGAUUCUUAAAGUUGUCGAAUGUUGCAGAUUUAGAUAACAUCGGUGAUAAAUUGUAUGAUAAUGGCAAUUAUGAAGCUGCUAAACUUAUCUAUGAAAGUAUCUCCAAUUACUCAAAAUUGGCUUCAACUUUAGUGUUCUUGAAAGACUAUACCGCAGCUGUCGAUUGUGCAAGAAAAGCUUCUAAUGUCCAAGUCUGGAAGCAAGUCAACCAAGCCUGUAUCGAGAACAAAGAAUUUAAGCUAGCUCAGAUGUGUGGCUUACAUUUAAUUGUCCACGCGGAGGAGUUGGAACCUCUAGUAACUCAGUAUGAAUACAACGGCUACUUCAAGGAAUUGAUUUCAUUGUUUGAAAACGGUUUGUCACUCGAAAGAGCUCAUAUGGGUAUGUUCACUGAGCUUGCCAUUUUAUACACCAAAUAUGAACCUGAAAAGACAAUGGAACAUUUGAAAUUAUUUUGGUCAAGAAUCAACAUUCCAAAGGUCAUCAGAGCUUGCGAAGCUGCACACUUGUGGCCUGAGUUGAUUUUUCUUUACUGUCAUUACGAUGAGUGGGAUAAUGCUGCUUUGGCUAUGAUUGAAAGAUCUGAAACAGCAUUUGAACAUUCCUCUUUCAAAGAGAUCAUUGUAAAGGUUUCCAACUUGGAAAUUUAUUACAGAGCUAUCAACUUCUACACUAACCUACACCCAACUUUGUUGAUCGACUUGUUGACUGUUUUAACUCCAAGACUAGACUUGCCAAGAGUUGUAAAGAUUUUCCAAAAAUCGGACAAUUUGCCACUAGUCAAACCAUUUUUGAUCUCUGUUUUAGAAAAGAACAAUUCAAUUGUUAAUUCUGCAUACCACGACUUAUUGAUUGAAGAAGAAGAUUACAAAUCUUUGCGCCUGGCGAUUGAAUCUUAUGACAAGUUUGAUAGCAUUGGACUCGCUGAAAGAUUAGAAAAACAUGAUUUGAUCUUCUUCCGACAACUUGCAGCUGUGAUCUACAGAAACAACAAAAAAUACAACAAGGCCAUUUCUCUACUCAAAGCUGAUGGUCUUUGGGGUGAUGCAAUUGAGACUGCUGCAAUCUCUAAAUCUCCUAAGGUUGUCAGUGAAUUACUCACAUAUUUUGUUGAAACAGGAAACCGUUCCUGCAUGGUUGCUUUACUAUACUCAUGCUAUUCUUACCUUGAAUAUGAUGUUGUACUAGAGCUUUCCUGGUUACAUGGAUUAGAUGACUUGACCAAACCUUACCAAAUUUCUAUUGCCAAGGAGAACCAGCAGAAGAUAGACGCUGUAUACAAAGAUUUGAAGGUACGGGAAGAAAAGGAAAAUGCGAAGGAAGAAACCUCUACUUUGGGUCAACCAUUGAUGAUUACCAACGGUCCGGUUGGUACUGCUGCUCCACUUGGGCUACAAUCAACAGGAAUGGGCUUCGGUAAUGGUGGAUUCUGA